CGGGACUUACGUUCGCUCGAUUGAGUGAAGAUAAUCCCAGCAAACUUUUCAAGUUUUAUCAUUUUACUUCACCGUAGCAUAGGAUCCCAAGAUUCAAGCUUCCUAUGUUGAUUUGAUGUCUCCUAGAUCAAUAUGGCUACAAGGCUUGACAGGCUGUUCCUACUGCUAGAUACAGGGUCAACACCAGUCACUAGGAGGGCCGCUGCACAACAGCUGGGAGAAGUUCAGAAGCUGCAUCCUCAUGAUCUUCAUAUCCUACUCUCUAAGGUUCAUAUAUAUUUGAAGAGUGGAUCUUGGGAGACGAGGAUUGCUGCUGGGCAAGCCGUGGAAGCCAUCGCGAAGAAUGUACCACAAACUUGUCAUCCAGUUGAUCCUAUGAAACCAGAACCAGGCGUAGACGGUCCACCCAGUAUCAGUAUUCCUUCAGUGCAGUCACAGCGUGAUGCCACUCGUCUAGAGUUCUCAAAGUUUGAUGUUGCUCGAGUCUUGGACCAGGGCGCUUCCCUCCUUGGAUCGGCAGGAUCAGAGUACGAGCUUGAAGUAGAUGUUGGUGGUGACCCUAAGGAAAGGCUGGCCAAACAGAAGAGGCUACUCCAGAAGAAGCUUGGUCUAGAUGUUGGUCUUAUCGGCGUGGAAACGGAUGACCUCUUCAAUGAUGAUGACCUGAGUACAUUUCCUCAGACUCCAACAACCUCCAACCUCUUGAAACCACCAGCAAGUGCAGCUGACAUUGUAGCCCAGGAGAUGGCUAGUCUUGGUCCAGGGCUGAGUUCUAGAGAGAAGAACAGGGCUAAGAGAAAGGCUAAGCUGCUGGCCAAACAGAGGUCCAAAGAUGGUCUAGAAGGAACAAGCAUGGACAAGGAGGAGCCGUCCAAGAAACGACUGAGAGCCGGGAGCACCUUUGGUAGUCAAGCCAGUACGUCCUUUGAUAAGGCAUCGGUAGACAGCGUGGAUAGUACCAUUUUCUUGGAAGAGCCUGGAGACUGGUCCUUCACAUCAUUCUGUGAGCAGCUGACUAAUGACCUCUUCCACCAAUCUUGGGAGAUCAGGCAUGGGGCAGCUACAGGCCUAAGAGAGGUGCUCAAGGCCCAUGGACCGAGUGCUGGAAAGUCAGCUGACUCAUCUGUAGACCAGGUUGUUCUCAACCAGAUGUUCCUUGAAGAUAUGUCACUUCGUCUGCUGUGCGUGCUUGCUCUGGAUCGAUUUGGAGACUUUGUAUCAGAUGAGGUGGUAGCACCAGUCAGAGAAACCUGUGCCCAAGCUCUGGGUGUGGUCCUACAUCACAUGACCCCUGAGGCCGUGCACGGAGUGUGUACGAUCCUACUCCAGCUCCUAGCCCAGAAUCAGUGGGAGGUCCGUCACGGUGGACUGCUGGGACUCAAGUAUCUGCUAGCAGUUAGGAAGGAAAUGACAGAAGUCCUCCUUCCUGCUGUACUGCCCUCUAUCAUACAAGGACUCCAGGAUGUGGAUGAUGACGUGAGGGCAGUCUCCGCUGCAGCCUUGCUACCUGUCACUCAAGUGCUCAUUAAGACUAGCCCUCAACAGGUGAUGCAGAUCUUGCACACACUGUGGGAAACCCUAGUCGAACUUGACGACCUGACGGCGUCCACCAACAGUAUCAUGAAUCUCCUGGCAUCCCUCCUCUCCAACCCUUCAGUCUGCAUCCAGUCUAGUCUCAGUCAACCCCUGGGGGUCAUGGUACAGAGACUCUGGCCUUUCAUGAGGCACAACAUAGGAUCUGUCCGGAGGGCCGUACUGGACACCCUUCACACCCUACUCUGCACAGAGAACCCACAGAUGCCUGUAGCUGCUUGGAUUGCUCCUAUCUUAACUGAUAUGUUAAGACAUGUCUAUCAAAGGUGCAUCUUGGAGACCAAUAAAGAUAUCCUAGAGCUUGUCAAGAAGGUCUGGGAUGCCCUUCUCCAGAGAACGCCGUUUGAAUUCAUCGUCCAGGCAGCCUUUCCGUGGGUGAGCACCUGGCUAUGUCUAGCUAUGCAACCUGCAAGAGUACCCAUAGAUCCCCAGAUGCUCAUAGAAGCAAAGCAUAAACCGAAGGAAACCAGCAAGUCACCUGGGAAGUCUUCAUGGAAAAGCCAGCAGACGAUACGAGAGGACGACGUCGAGUACAUCGGAGGGGACGUCUCCAUGACUGCCUCUCAGACCGACCAGGAAGAAGCAGUCUUGCUUGCAAGGGCAACAGCAGCUAGACUCCUUGGUCGUUUAGCCCCCUACCUAACCCUGACCAUCGCUCCCAGUCAAGAUGGCGGACUGGACCCAUUCUGUCAGCUCCUUCAUUUCCAUCUCAACACCAAGAAUUCCUUACAGCGGAUGCAGGUUGCCAUGGUAAUUGAGGAGUGGGCUAAAGCAGGACUACAGGACUGCAAAUGCCCCGAUGGCCUGAGGUCAACCCUGAUGGAGGUCUUAUCAAGUACUGUCUAUUUUGAUGAGGUUACAAAUCCUUUCAUGAAACUACAGCUGGAAUGUAAGAGCCUUGUUGUGGCCUGGAGAGCAAUGAGACCUGACAUAUUGCAAACCAGUUUCCCGAGUGCCUUUACUGUUGACCAAGCGAAGUCAUUGUACGACUCCGUUCAGCAGCAUCUAUCUCAGACGAUUGGUGGAAGCGAUGCCCACCAAGAUCUCCAGAAUAAAGCAAGACAGGUGCUGGCAUCUGUCCAUGAAAUCAAUGAACAGCAACAAAAACUCAGUAUCAGAACUCAGUCAUGUGUGACAGGAGCAUUAGUCUCUCUUCAAGCCUUACCUGAUAAAUUGAAUCCACUCAUCAGACCUCUGAUGGAUGCAGUCAAAAAGGAAGAGAGUCCAAUUAUGCAGAAAAGAGCUGCAGGGAACUUGGCCCGUCUCCUGGAGCUUUGUUCAUCCCGCCAACCUUGCCCCAACCCUAAGAUCAUCAAGAACCUCUGCACCAGUCUCUGUUCUGACCCAUCCAUCACCCCACCGGCUUCCCAACCUCUACGCUCCUCCACCAACGAUCCCCCAUCAAACACCCUUGCCGUGCCCAUGCCUGGCCCGGGGGGGUCCAGGUCGUCAUCGCCCCUGACAGUCGGGGGCGGGGAGGGCAGCAGUUCACAGACGAUCGUCCCCUGCGAUAAGCUUCAUGGUGUCCUUACAUUGUCCAAGCAGCAACAGCAAGCAGUAUUGACAGCUGCGAGCAGACGAGCAGCCUUCACCAAGUCUCGCAGCCGUGACAGCAGCAUGCCCGACAUAGCACUAAGCCUGGGCGUCGACCCUGGUGGGGAAUCAUCAGAGACCAUGAAGCAGACUAAGAUCCAGAGGAGGGGGUCGGAGAUGGCCCUGACUACCAUCACUUCACACUUUGGCAGCAGGCUGCUGGAGUCCUUAGGCAAGGUCUGGGAGUCCAUGACAGGUCAGCUCAUGGAGCAAAUCAAACCGGGGAAUUUUGAUCGACUGUUUCACUUGGAUAAGGACCAUCAUGCCCAAGAUCUUGUCACCUCAAUGCAAGUCUUUGAAACUCUUGCUCCUGUUUUACAUUCCUGUUAUCAUCCCAAGUUAGAGGCGCUGCUGCCCCAUUUCAUCACGUGCCUGGAGCACCCUUACACGUCCGUUCGUCACAUGUCAUCCCGUUGCUUGGGAAUGAUGUGUAAGGUCAUUACCAUGGCAACCAUGAACCGUCUCCUGAUGGAGGUCGUUCCCAUGCUAGGAGCCCAGGAGGAUGAGGUCAAGCGAGAAGGAGCGGUCGAAGCAUUAGCUUGUGUCAUUGAUCAGCUUGGGAUGGACAUUGUCCCCUACAUCGUCCUCCUGGUCGUACCUCUACUAGGCAGGAUGAGUGACCAGGUGGACAGUAUCAGGCUGACCGCUACUCAAUGCUUCGCCACUCUGAUCAGGCUAAUGCCGCUUGAGGCUGGUAUCCCUGACCCACCCGCCAUGACAGACGCCCUCGUUGAGCAGAAAAACAGGGAGAGAUGUUUCCUGGAACAACUCCUAGACGGCUCCAAGCUAGACAACUACAAGGUCCCCGUUCCUAUCAAGGCUGAACUCAGGAAGUACCAACAAGAUGGUGUGAACUGGUUAGCAUUCCUCAACAAGUACAAGCUCCAUGGCAUCCUGUGCGACGACAUGGGUCUGGGAAAGACCCUACAGUCUAUCUGCAUCAUGGCUGGCGACCACCACCACCGGAACGCCGCCUACAAGAAGGCCAAGAGCGCCGACUGUGUGCCCAUGCCGUCCAUAGUAGUGUGUCCCCCGACCCUGACUGGUCACUGGGUCUACGAGGUUCAGAAGUUCUGCUCCACCCAGUAUCUGAACCCCCUGCACUACACUGGUCCUCCAACUGAACGUACUAGGUUAAGGAGCAAAGUCAAGAAGCACAAUCUUGUGGUUGUCUCUUAUGAUAUCGUCAGGAAUGAUAUUGAUUUCUUUAGGACAAUAGAUUGGAAUUAUUGCAUCCUUGAUGAGGGUCAUAUAAUCAAGAAUGGACGGACCAAGCUAGCAAAGGCCAUCAAGCAGCUCAAUGCAUGUCACAGACUCAUCCUAUCUGGGACACCUAUACAGAAUAAUGUAUUGGAGCUGUGGUCUCUGUUUGACUUCCUGCUGCCUGGAUUCCUAGGAACAGAGAAACAGUUCAUAGCAAGGUUUGCCAAACCCAUCCUCCAAAGCCGGGAUGCCAAGAGUUCUUCCAAGGAACAAGAGGCUGGAGCUCUGGCAAUGGAGGCCCUUCAUCGUCAGGUCCUACCAUUUCUCUUGAGAAGACUCAAAGAAGAUGUCCUUGAUGACCUUCCACCCAAGAUCAUCCAGGAUUACUACUGCGAGCUCAGUCCACUACAGGUUCAACUGUAUGAGGACUUUGCUAGGUCUAGGGCCAAGAUGGGAGUGGUGGAAACCAUCUCUUCCGAGGCUGAGGAGAAGAAACCCAAAGCCCCGGCUGCUGCUACUGGACAUAUAUUCCAGGCAUUGCAGUAUCUACGUAAGGUAUGCAACCAUCCUCUACUCGUUCUCAACAACAAACAUCCACAGUAUGAAGCGGUAACCAAGCAACUGAAAGAACAGAACUCGUCCCUGCACGACAUCAACCAUGCUCCAAAACUAACUGCCCUAAAGCAACUGUUGUUAGAUUGCGGCAUUGGUGUGGAUGCUCUAGGAUCUAACCCAGGCUCCGAGUUGACCCAGUCUGUGGUUGGCCAGCAUCGGGUGCUUCUCUUCUGUCAACUCAAAGGAAUGCUGGACAUCGUAGAGAAAGACCUUCUCAGAUCUCAGAUGCCAUCAGUAGCAUACCUGAGGUUAGAUGGGAGUGUACCUGCUAGCCAAAGACAUGAUCUUGUUCACAGAUUUAACAAUGAUCCAUCUAUUGAUAUUCUUCUGUUGACCACUCAUGUCGGUGGUCUGGGGCUGAACUUGACCGGAGCAGACACGGUCAUCUUUGUAGAACAUGACUGGAAUCCCACCAAAGACUUGCAGGCUAUGGACAGGGCUCAUAGGAUAGGACAGAAGAAGGUGGUCAACGUCUACCGUCUCAUCACUAGAGGGACUCUGGAGGAGAAGAUCAUGGGUCUUCAGAAGUUUAAGCUGAACAUUGCAAAUACCGUAAUUACUCAGGAUAACUCAAGUCUACAAUCUAUGGGUACCGAUCAGCUUCUGGAUCUAUUCAAUUUAGAUAUGAGUGGCCCUGUUGGACCUGGUGAGGCGACCAUCGAGGGGAAUGGAAGCAAGGCCAAACAAGGUCCUAACACAAUGAACUCGGUCCUAGCAAACCUUGGCGAUCUGUGGGAUGAGAGCCAGUAUGAGACAGAAUACAACCUUGAAGACUUCAUGCAAAGUUUAACAUCAAGAUGAAUAGGUGGGACUAGGCUGAUGUAUCGAGGGCAAUGCAUGGAAGUAAAUGAGUGGGACUGCCUAGGUGUUUUCACUGAAGUUAUUUUGAUAGGUUGUGAGAAAAGGGAAUGCGUGGUGACGGAUGCUGUUACGUGGAGCUAAGACAGUGCAGAAAAAACAAUAGAUUUAUUUUGAAAAGAGGAUCAAAGCAAAGUAUAUCAUCAAGAUGGAUAGGUCAGACUCGGCUGAUAUAUUGAGGACAAUGCCUGAAAGUGAAGGAGUGGGACGUCCGAGGUGUUUUCAUCAAGUUAUGUGUUUAUAUGUCCAUGGAAAAAAUUUGAAUGCAUGGUGAUGAGUACUGUUGCUUGGAAAGAUCACAUCAAUUUA